GAUUACCCUCGACGGUGUCACUUCUUUACUGGCAGGAUGUCGCAAGCUAGAGUCUCUGGCGUUGUGCAUCGACGCUCGCACUAUUCCGACUGGACCGCUCCCUGCACCUCGUCACGAAACUCUUCGCUUCUUCUUCGGUGGAGGCUCGCUGUUGGAUGAUCCGAAUCUGGUAGCCAGAUAUCUAUCUCAACUCCUACCCUCCACGGUCUCGUGCAGACAGAGUCCUGUUGCACCGAUUUUCUCCAUGCCUACCAGGAUACGGCUUGCACAAGAGGGAGGCUGGCUGAGGGUCGGCAGGUUGCUAUCUGAGGGUUCUCUUCCCUUAGAAAGGGAAGAAUUGGGUGGAAAUGACGAAAACGAAAACGAUCCAUAUUCUGCGGACUUGGAUGCUCAGGACAAAUGAAGAACUGAUGAUCAAUAUUAUUACAGUGAUGACAGCGCUCAUCUCCUCUACCUAUUUGUAUAUUUCAUAUUUUGUGUCCUCUCUGACUCGAUUCACGGAAACGAAACUCCCGCAACUUGAGCGGUGGUUGGUGACAA